AUGGUGUUAUUGUCCUCUUGUUCUUCUGUUUCACCAUUCUUCCACAUUCCAACUUUUUUGAUCCAACAAAGGAAACCACAAUUACUAUUUAAGCCUCCUCCAUUUCUUCAUCAAACUAACCUUCCUUCUCCUUUGACUUUGAGUAGAAAAAAUCUUCCCAAAUGUUUCUCACAACAAAAAGAAACUCAAUCUAUACAAGAAGAAGAGAAGGAGGAAGAAGAAGAAGCAUUUCAAUUUGAGCGUUUGUUCUCCAACAUUAACCAAGUUACUUUAAAGAGAGAACCUGGAAGCUUAUCUAGUGCAAUUUUCCUGGUUGCAGGCACUACAGUAGGUGCAGGGAUACUUGCAAUUCCUGCAGUGACACAAGAAUCAGGCUUUUUAGCAUCCACAGUUACUUGCAUUCUUUGUUGGUUAUUCAUGGUUGUGACAGGUUUGCUCCUUGCAGAAGUAAAUGUCAACACCAUGUGUGAUCUUGGUUCCGGCGGCGUAUCAUUGGUAUCAAUGGCUAGAAGAACUUUAGGGACAGUAGGAGUUCAAAUUUCAUGUUGGUCAUACAUCUUCAUCCAUUAUGCAGUUUUGGUUGCCUAUAUAGCUCGUUCUUCGGAUAUCUUGACAAAUUUUCUUCACAUUCCAAUAUGGGAAAGUGGAACUUUGUUUUCAUUGAUUUUUGGAGGGAUAUGCUUCUUUGGAAGCCAACGCUUUAUUGGUGCAAUUAAUGGAGUUCUAGUAUUUGGAAUCAUCAGCUUUUUUGUAGCUCUUGUGGCAGUUGCUAGUGGAAACCUGCAUUUGGAUGCUCUUUUAAAAGCCAACUUCCCAGCAGUUCCUAUGAGUAUACCAAUUAUCGCACUCUCGUUUGUUUACCAUAAUGUUGUACCUGUUCUUUGUACAAAUCUUGAAGGAGACUUGUUAAAAGUAAGGAGUGCAAUAGUACUAGGCACUGGUAUACCUCUUGUUCUGUUUCUCAUAUGGAAUGGUGUUAUCUUAGGAACUGUUGGUGACAAUCCAAUGGGGUUAGAUCCAUUACAACAGUUGAGAUCUUCAAAUGGAACAAUUGGACCUAUAGUUGAGGCCUUCUCAUUUCUUGCAAUUGCUACUUCUUACAUUGGAUUUGCUUUGGGUUUGUCAGACUUUCUAGCAGACUUGCUGAAUCUUCCAACAGGCCAGAACAAACCUCUUCCAUAUAUACUAACUUUAAUUCCACCACUUCUACUCUCAUUGUUGGACCCUGAAAUAUUUUUUAAAGCCUUGGACUUUGCUGGAACAUAUGGAGUGUUGCUGCUUUUCGGAGUUAUUCCUGCUGCAAUGUCAUGGUCUGAUAGGAACUCAAAUUCAUCUUCAUCAGUGAAACUACCUGAACUAGUUCCAGGAGGGAGGAUAACCCUACUAAUGGUGCUUGGUGGUUCAGGAUAUGUUAUUCUCUCUGAAUUAUUUGAGAACUUCCAGCACCUUUGA